AUGUCCAACUUCCAAGGUUACUGCAUUCAGCCAGCUGCAUAUCCGACCACUCCCAGCCACGCUCAUGUUCUCAUUGAGGGGUCUCAAACAGGCAGUCUUCGUUUCGUGGACGCGAUGGAUGUCUUUGGUGAGGGUCAGCACUUAGAGCGACAAGAACCCAGUCUCCGGAAGAUCAUACGGGUCGCCAAAGACAGAUUGCUGAAACAUGGACCCUCUCAAGAGAUAGAGGUUGAAGCCGAGAAUAUGCGCUAUAUCUCCGAAAACACGACCAUCCCGAUUCCCCACGUUCACGAGACCCAAAAUCAUGAUGGUGGCAUUAAGUCUAUCUUAAUGGAUUAUAUCGAAGGCCAGACGCUGCAAGAUGCCUGGUCCAGCAUGAUCCCAUCACAAAAGAUGUCCGUUGCGCAGGAACUACAUGGAUAUAUACAGCAACUACGAGGGUUAAAGCACGAAUAUCCCGGACCUUUCAAUCAUAAAAAUAUAUAUCCACGGCGCCCAAUCUACCUCGACGAGUACCUAUUUUCGAGAUUGACGACCUCAGUCCCGGAUCUCGCGCGAAACUAUACGGGAAAUAAACGGUCGGAGGAUAAUAUAGUGUUCACGCACGGUGAUCUGGCACCGAGAAACAUCCUGGUUGACGACCAUGGUCAUGUCACCGCAGUAUUGGAUUGGGAGUUUGCUGGCUGGCACCCUGAAUGGUGUGAAACUGUUAGAGCGUAUACCUUUUGUAACGAUAUUCCUGGCUGGCUUGCCUAUCUAUCGGCUGUUUUCCCGCCGGAUCAUGCAACGGAGUAUAUGGCUGUGGUAUUCGCUAGACAUAUGACACAAUGA